AUGAGCGAGAAACCGUACGUGGUCUUUGGAUAUGGAUCCCUCAUCUUCAAGCCCCCGCCGCAUGUCGUCGCGCAAGAUCCAGGAUACUUGAAAGGCUACGUGCGGCGGUUCGCGCAGAAGUCGCAUGAUCAUCGAGGGACACCGGAGAAUCCAGGACGAGUCGUUACGCUGGUGCACAAAGAAGACUGGGAUGCAUUCUCUGGCUCCGACCCGUUUCCGGAUGAUGAUGUCGUCUGGGGGAUUGCGUAUACGAUAGACCCGCUGCAUGCGAUCGAGGUGCGGGACUACCUGGAUUAUCGUGAGAAGGACGGAUACACGCUGGAAGAGAUCGACGUUUACAGCCUGGCAGACGGCGUGGAACGGGUGGUGGUGCAGAAUGCUCAUUGCUACGUCGGCCGAAAUGAUAACCCGUCCUUUAUUGGUUUUGAAUCCAUAGAAAUCCUUGCGGAGCGCAUUUGGCAAUCCGUAGGCCCUUCGGGACGCAACAAAGACUACCUAUAUCAACUGUCCACUGCAAUACAAAGGCUUGCGCCAGAGUCGUAUGAUUCGCAUCUCUUCGCGCUAGAGGCUCGCUGUAAAGAAUUGGACCAGGAAAGUGGCAACUAUGACGAGCACAGACGUUUGAUUAACUAG